AACGUUACCGCCGUUUGCUCCGCAUCUGUAUGGCUCUUUACGCACUGUGUAUAUAACAUGCAGUAGGUUUGUCUUUAGCAGGUGUAUGAGCGGAGACGUUUAAUCUGGGUAUCUGCACAACCUCGUCCGCGUACUUAAGGACUGAAUGACCCCAGGAGAGCCAUAGGAGGCUGAAAGAAGAAGAUGGGUGCUGCGGACAGUCCUCUGUAUGGCCGUACAAGAAUCCCCCGACAAGGAUACCUCUGUGCUAUACCUAUGGAGAGAGCGAAGCCUCAGGAUCGGUGGCAUUCAGAGGGUUAAAAGAGCCUGGGUGAUUCCCGUAAUCAGCGUUCCUGAGAACAAUAAGAACAUCCCCACGGUACUCGUGCAGAUUAAGUCAGACAAGCAGCACCUUGGCAAGGUGAUAUACAGUAUCAAGGGCGCUGGCGUGGAUGAGGAGCCCAAGGGAAUCUUCUCUAUCAACAAAAUCACAGGGGCUGUGAACCUCAACGCUGUGCUGGAUCGAGAGAAGACCAAGCGCUUCAAGCUCCGUGCGUUUGCCGUGGAUAGCGGAGGGGUGACCCUGGAGGAACCCACCGACCUGGAGAUCGUGGUGAUCGACCAGAAUGAUAACCGUCCAGUCUUUUCACAAAGAGUAUUCCAUGGACAUGUGUUGGAAGGAGCCGUACCGGGAACUCUUGUUAUGACAGUGGAAGCCACGGAUGCAGAUGACCCGGAGACGGACAAUGCCGUGCUGAGGUAUUCCAUCAUACAGCAGGAUGCUCCAGAGAUGUUCAGCAUCAACCAGGAGACGGGGGAGAUCAGGACUGUCCAAGUGGGACUGGACAGAGAGGUGGUGGGAUCGUACAACUUGACCAUACAGGUGGCUGAUAUGUUUGGGCAGGGACUUGCCACCACUGCCAAGGCUGUCAUAACCAUCGGUGACGUCAAUGACCACCCUCCUGAAUUCACGCAGGAUGAGAUCGUCAUGGAGGUUCCGGAACACUGCAGCGGAUUGGACAUCGGAAGAAUGAAUGUGACCGACAAGGAUCUCCCUCUGUCCUCCAACUGGAACGCACGUUUCUCUAUCGUAGGGGGAGACCCUCGGGGGGCAUUCUCCAUACGUACCGAUCCUCAGACCAAUCAGGGAAUCUUAUCUGUUGUCAAGCCCCUGGAUUACGAAGAGAAGGCGCAGCAUCAUCUAAUAGUCUCGGCUGAGAACCAAGCCCCUCUCAGCCCGUCAGCCCCCAGGACCGCGCACUCCCAGACUCGCGUUACCGUCAUUGUGAAGAACAUAAAUGAAGCCCCCGUCUUCCCGCAGAAUCCCAAAUCGGUGAGAGUGAUAGAGAACACUCCACCGGGGAGCGAGGUCACGGUGUAUUCUGCCAUCGACCCGGACACUGCCGAAGCCCAGGAGAUCAGGUAUUCCCUGGUUUCUGACCCCGCUGACUGGUUGGAGCUGGAUCCGCACUCUGGCCGCAUACGCACUCGCUACACCCUGGACCGGAAGUCUCCGUUGCUGCACAGAGGGUGGUAUACAGCGCUGAUCGCAGCCAGCGAUAACGCCUUGCCGCCCCUUAGUGCCACGGGCACGCUGUCGGUGGAAGUGCUGGAGAUGAAUGACCACGCUCCUGUCCUGUGGCAGCAUUCUAGGGAGCUCUGCAGCAGUCCGCACACGGCCCACGGCAUCCUGCUCAGCGCCAGCGAUGAGGACAUGGAACCACAAGCCCAACCAUUCCAGUUUCAGUUUGAUCCGUCGUUUGCAGAGCUGACCCAAAACUGGACCAUCAGCCACCUCAAUGGUACCCACGCGCUGUUGCAGCUCCUCUCUGAAAUGCAGGAGGGGGUGUACAUGCUGCCGCUGUUGGUGUCGGAUUCCGGAGACCCUCCAUUGGAUCAGGUUCAGCUGCUGAACGUGUCGGUGUGUUCGUGCGAUGAUAUCGGGACCUGCAGAGGAGGCGCAGCCGCCCUGUUUAGCAACGGCUCUGGGAUAAGCCUGGGUGCUCUCCUCAUCAUCCUGGGCAGCAUCGCUCUCCUCCUGUUUUUAGCGCUCCUGCUGUUGCUGUUCCGCUGCGCCUCCAGCAGUCCCGGACACAAAGGUCUCCUGUCCGACUCGGAGGAUGACGUGCGGGACAACAUUCUUAACUACAACGAGCAGGGAGGCGGCGAGGAGGAUCAGGAUGCCUAUGACAUGAACCGCCUGCGGAACCCCGAGCUGCCCGUUCCUCCCUCUCCUCGGCUGAAGCCUCCUAUCCGUAGAGAUGCUCCGUACAGCCAAACGCUGCCCCGAUACCCUCGCAGGCCAUCCGAGCGGCCAUCUGACAUCGCGGACUUCAUUCACGAUGGUCUACAAGCGGCAGAUUCUGACCCCAGCGUCCCUCCUUAUGACACAGCCCUGAUUUAUGACUACGAGGGAGAGGGGUCAGUGGCAGGAACACUCAGCUCCGUCAUAUCCUCCGAGGAAGACUGCGAGCAGGACUACGACUACCUGCAUGAAUGGGGACCCCGAUUUCGCCGGCUGGCGGACAUGUAUGGGUACCAGUGAUGGACCACCCACCCACCAUAAGAGAUCUCCAAAAGACAUUAACCCUUCCUCUUCCUCGUGUCUAAGACAUAAAACCAGAGAUGGACAUUAAGAAACAACAACGCC